CCGACACUGUAGCAGUAGCGGCAGCAGUAGCAGAUCACUGGCACUGGCACAAGCCCAGCGAUCAGCAGAGAAAUUUAAUGCCGAAUCUGACGCGUGCAAAUGCAUAGGGGCAGGAACUUACCAUUGUUAAUGAGGAAAGGUAAAUGAGAGAGCACGGCCCAUGUUUCAGUUACCAACGAAUGGAGCUUGGAUUGCAUGCCCCAUCUCCUUCAAACAAACAAUCCCCACACGCGUGCACUCGUGUCCGACCGACUCGAUCUAUAUAAACCAACUGCGACGCUCAGUUUUUAUCUCAUUGCAGCUCCCGUCCAUCGGUCCCUUGCUCCUCUUUGCUCACCUCUCUGAUUGUGUUCAUUUUGCAAGGGGGAGAGAUGAGGAUCCAUGAUCUUGUUGUCUUUGCACUCCUACUCUUAUCGCAAAUUGCUCUCGGGCCUCACUCAGCUCGAGCUCAGAUCCUCUUCCAGGGGUUCAACUGGGAGUCGUGGAAGCAGCAAGGCGGUUGGUACAACUUCUUGAAGGACAGAAUCACCGACAUCGCCGGUGCCGGAGUUACUCAUGUGUGGCUUCCUCCCCCUUCGCACUCCGUCGGUCCGCAAGGUUACAUGCCGGGGAGGCUAUACGACCUUAAUUCUUCCAAAUACGGUAACCAGAACGAACUCAAGUCGCUGAUCAGCGCAUUCCGCGCCAAAGGCGUCAAGUGUUUGGCGGACAUCGUGAUCAACCACCGGUGCGCGGAGAAGCAGGACGGCCGAGGAGUGUGGUGCAUCUUCGAAGGCGGCACCGACGACGCCCGGCUCGACUGGGGUCCCCACAUGAUCUGCCGCGACGAUACCCAGUACUCCGACGGCACCGGGAACGCCGACACCGGCGCCGACUUCGGCGCCGCACCCGAUAUCGACCACCUCAACGCCCGAGUCCAGCAGGAGCUAACGGACUGGUUGAACUGGCUGAAGACCGACCUCGGAUUCGACGGGUGGCGGCUCGACUUCGCCAAGGGCUACUCGUCCAGCGUGGCUAGAGGAUACCUGCAGAGGACGCAGCCGGACCUCGCGGUGGCAGAGUUCUGGAGCUCGUUGGCAUACGGCAGCGACGGGAAGCCGGAUUACGAUCAAGAUGGCAGUCGGCAGGAACUGGCGAACUGGGUGAAGCAGGUGGGCGGCAGCGCCACGGCGUUCGACUUCACCACCAAAGGGGUGCUGCAAGCGGCGGUGCAGGGUGAGCUGUGGAGGAUGAAGGAUCCGCAGGGGAAGCCGCCGGGGAUGAUGGGAUGGUGGCCGGAGAAGUCGGUGACCUUCAUCGACAACCACGAUACGGGUUCCACCCAGAAGCUGUGGCCGUUCCCUUCCGACAAGGUCAUGCAGGGCUACGCCUACAUCCUCACCCACCCAGGCAUCCCUUCCAUCUUCUACGAUCAUCUGUUCGACUGGGGACUGAAGGAGCAGAUAACUGAUCUGGCUGCGAUAAGGAUGCAAAACGGGAUUCACCCUGCAAGCACACUUACCAUUCUGGCGGCGGAUGCAGAUCGCUACGUCGCCAUGAUCGACGGAAAGGUGAUCACAAAGCUUGGUCCGCGACUUGAUCUUGGGAAUCUGAUUCCUCCUAACUUUCAAUUGGUUGCGUCUGGGAAGGGCUACUGUGUGUGGGCCAAGAAGUGAGUUACAGAAACAAUAUUUAUAAAUUGGAUUAGAAUAAAAUGAUCUCAUAAACCCAAACAUUUUUUAAAAUAUUAUUAUUAUUAUUAUUAUUAAAAAUAUAUAUCUUAUUCAAUAAAAUAUCAUUAAUAAAAUAAAACU